AUGUACUGCAGCACACAACAAAGAGGGAACUACAGCUCGAACGGGAACGGCUGCCUGCGGGGGCCUGCCAGGCUCGGCCAGGACAGCGCUGGAGCCUUUCCUUCCCACCAGACCAGGCGCUGCACGAGGGAGAGGCCGGACUACGCGCCGAGCAGCAGCGAGGAUGAGGAUCCUGCCAAGGAGAUCGGGGUGACCUACAAAUCCACCAGGUCGGCGAAACCUGUUGGCCCAGAAGACAUGGGAGCCACAGCAGUGUAUGAACUGGACACAGAGAAGGAGAAGGAUGCCCAGGCCAUCUUUGAGCGCAGCCAGAAGAUCCAGGAGGAGCUGAGAGGAAAGGAAGAUGAUAAAAUUUACCGUGGCAUUAACAACUACCAGAAGUAUGUGAAGCCCAAGGACACAUCGAUGGGAAAUGCCUCCUCAGGAAUGGUGAGGAAAGGCCCCAUCCGUGCUCCGGAGCACCUGCGGGCCACGGUGCGCUGGGACUACCAGCCCGACAUCUGCAAGGACUACAAAGAGACCGGCUUCUGCGGCUUCGGGGACAGCUGCAAGUUCCUGCACGACCGCUCGGACUACAAGCACGGCUGGCAGAUCGAACGGGAGCUGGACGAGGGCCGCUACGGCGUCAACGAUGACGAGAACUACGAGGUGAGCAGUGAUGAGGAGGACAUGCCUUUCAAAUGCUUCAUCUGCAGAGGUUCCUUCAAGAACCCCGUGGUCACCAAGUGUCGGCACUACUUCUGUGAGAGCUGUGCCCUGCAGCACUACCGCAAAUCCCAGCGCUGCUACGUCUGCGACAAGCAAACCAACGGGGUCUUCAACCCUGCCAAAGAGCUCAUGGCAAAACUGGAAAAACACAAAGGGGAGGAAGAAGAGGAGCAACAGUCAGACCAAGAAGGGGAUCCACAGUAGCAGAAUACAUUUUGUACAUAACUUAAUAAAGCCCUGUUUAUAAGACUUCCUAACAAACCAGGAAAUCAGUAUCUUCUUACUAACAGUAAGAUUAAAUCAGGAGCCAAACCUGAUCAUAGGGAGGAAGUAGAACUGGGCCUGGCCUUAACAAAUAUUCCUGUAGCUGGGAGAAUUUUACUGAAACUUUCAGAAAAGAGCAAGUGCAGGUGUGUGCAGCUUGUUGCUUUAGUUGAAGUCUGUUUCUGAAGCAUGAGGCAGCUGCCAUAAACUGGUGACCUGAUGCUAAGGUAAAAGCAAGCAUGCACAGCCAGCCUGUCACCCUCUGUGAUUCACUCCAUCAUCCUGCACAAACAGCAGACUUAAAAAAACAACUUCAGAAAUAUUUUAUUUGUUUUGGAAAAAAAAACUAGAGUAACAAACUUUAUCUGGGUUCAAGUACAAUUUAUAAACACAAGAAGGACCUGUUGCCAGCACCACUACUCCCAUCAACUGCACCUAUA